AUGGAUAUAAAUAGAUUGACAACUACGGACAGUUUGUUAAAGGGUGGGCAUGGUUUGAAUCAGAAUAUUCCUUGUUCGCAAUAUGGAGAAAAUAUAAAUGCUGAUGCGGAUAUCAGUUUGAACAAUUUCAACAUCGGUUCCACCAUUAUGGCGAGCAAUAAUGAGGUGAUAACAAAGAAAUGUCGCAUAUGGAAUCCCGCUUUGGAUGAUUGCCAUAAUGCAGCCAAUAACAAUGAUAAGAGCAAGAUUUCAGAUAAUUUGCAAAAUAAUCAUGUUUCCCAGAAUUAUGCAAGUUCGAUGCAACCAUAUAUAACUACUCUCAUGAAAUCAUCGGAUUAUAAAAAGGGAAUGCAAUAUCACAAUACGGCAAUGAGUUUUCGAUUUAACAUUAUGCUAUUACCGAAUUAUUUGAUGAAUGCAAUGUUGAAUCCAAAUUUCACAUCACUUAAUGUACCAAAUCAAAAUUGCUGUGCUGUAUGCGGUAGCAUAUUUCGAUUAACUGCUGAUUUGGUGCAACAUAUGCGUAUCAAUCAUCGAACCAAACAUUAUUCGCAACCACUAAAAAGAACUUUACAUAUCGAUAUGUCGAUUCCGGAAGGUGAUUACGAGAGAGGCAAGAAGUUAUUUAAAAUGCGAUGCUUUCAGUGCCAUGUUAUUGAUUCAGAUGCGAAUAAAAAUGGUCCGACGCUGAAGGGUGUGAUAGGACGUAAGUCGGGUACUGUCGAUGGCUACCCAUAUUCUACUGCCAAUAAGAAUAAGGGCGUGGUUUGGACACGUGAAACAUUAUUCGAGUAUUUAUUAGACCCGAAAAAAUAUAUUCCGGGAACGAAGAUGGUAUUUGCGGGCUUGAAGAAACCUCAAGAACGUGCUGAUUUGAUCAAAUAUAUAGAAGAGGAAUCUGCGAAAUAA